AUGCGCUCCUCUAAGCAGCGGAAGUGCAGCGGGCGGUUUCUGCCAUCUGCGGUUCACAGCAGCUAUAAGCAGCAUCUUGCAGUAGUCAGCUCUUUACUGCCGGAAAGACUGAGCCGCAGACCUCUGGAUCUGAGGUUAUCAAACGACCUGAAGAACACUUUCAAUGUGGACGCCUUGAAGACACAGCCAUGCAGAAACGACUCAGGUGUCGUGGUGUCGGUGCGGCCUCUGCGCGCUCCUCUUCUACACGCUGAAGAUCACAGCAGCAGUGUGUUCAGGGUGAAACCUCACAGCGCCAGCGCACAGACAACACACACACAUGGUGAAACAGGAAGUCUGCGUGACAGUUCUGGGCCCAGUUUCCUGUCUGCAACCAGCUUCAGAGAUGAUAACACUUCCUGUCCUGAGAGACUGGAUCUGGACUGGCGUGGACUAACGGACUUGCCGGAUCUGCAGUCUUUCCGUGAGCUGCGUCUGCUGAACCUGCAGCACAACCUGAUCACACACCUGCAGCACCUGCAGAGCCUCCGGAGCCUGCUGCUGCUCGAUCUCCAUGGCAACCGGCUGAUUGACAUGUGCGGACUUUCCUCGCUGCGCUGUCUGCGCGUGCUGCUGCUGGGAAACAACCGAAUACAGAGGAUCAGUGAUGUGGACGGCCUCACCAAACUCGAUGUUCUGGAUUUACACAAUAAUCAGAUCUCCCAGAUUGAAAACGUCUCCUGUUUGUCGAGGCUUCGUUUGCUGAAUCUGUCUGGAAACCGAAUCACUCGAGUGGAGAAUCUGCAGGGCUUGAACUGUCUGACCGAACUCAACUUGCGGGACAACAACAUCAUGUCUGUGACGGAUGUGGAGCAUCUUCCUCGUCUGCAGCGCCUGUUUCUCAGCACCAACAACAUCAGCAGUGUGGAUGCGCUGGCCUGUCUGUGGGACUGUGGCUCUCUGUCUGAGCUGAGCCUCGAUGGCAAUCCUGUCUGUGUGGAGUCAUGCUUCAGACAGAGUGUCCUGCGCUGCUGCUCGCCACACCUACAGCUGCUCGACAUGAAGCGCAUCACCGAGGAGGAGAGACGCACGGCGAAUGUUUCAGCACGAAAGGAGGAUGAGAAGAAGAAGGAGAGUCACAAACAGGCGGCACACAAGGAAAGGCGUCGAUUGGCCAUUCAGAAUGCAGCGCAGCAGUGGGAGGGGCUUAAAGCAAACCUCGAACUUCCUGCCCAGAAUGACACUAAAGAGGAAGUCAGUCCAGAGAACAGUCCCGCCCACAGCCCUGCACAGACCAAUGGGAACACUCAGGAGACGUCACCUGAUGAGCCCAGGCAUCUCAGUCCGCUCACUGUUUCUGCUGGAGGAAGUGAGACGCGUCUGCGAUCCAGCAGUCGACCCAACAGCCCCAGAGACCCCCGGCUGCAGGACGGCGGUUCGGGCUCCAGUGUUCAGAGUCUGUCGCUGUCUGAGAGCCACGUGGCGGAGCUGGACGGGGACACAUUGCGUUUGUUCGGCCCCGGGGCCCUGGAGACCCUGGAGCGCUGCUGGGGGGUCCAGACGGCCGCCAGUGUCUCCACCAUCGUCUUCCGCUUCAUCCACUACGACUCCAUCAUUCCCUCAUUCCUGCGCAUCCGCCUCAAGUUCCCCAACCUGACGCACCUGGUCUUCAUGGAGUGCAGCAUCUCUCAGCUCCUCCAGCUGGCGGCUCUGGCUCAGCUCAGGCGUCUGGAGCAGCUCACGGUUCAUCCAGAGGGAAACCCGCUGCUGCGGCUGACGCUCUGGAGGACCUUCAGCAUCUACAGACUACAGCAGCUCAACCUGCACAAGAUCAACGGCACUGAGGUGACUGUGAAUGAUGUUAUAGCGUCAGAGCGAAUGUUUGGGGCUCUCGGACACGUCGCCGCUACAGAGACGCCGCGCUUCCGUCUGCUGCUGCUGCUGGAGGAGUCCAGGAAGCGUCAGCUGCAGUUCCUGAUGGACGGUCGCGGGCGCAGAAGUGGUCAGAGCCCAGAGGACCUGAAGGAGAACGGCCGGCCGAUGGGAGAGGGAGUGUGUCGAGGACUCUUCAACUACCCCAGCAGACUGACCGACAGCGCAGAGGACUCAGCGUCGGACCGCUCGGUGUCAGUGCAGCAGUAUCUGCAGGGUCUGAUCCAGAGCGCCUCCAGCCGCUGUGUGAAGGCCGACGCUCUGCAGAAGAUCUGGCCGCUGCUCUUCAGCGAGAUCAUCAGAGACUCAGUGCUGGACAUGAGGGACACACACACAUACAGACACAACAGCCUGCAGAGACUCACACACACACACUGACUCCUCCUCCUCAUCACAGCCGUGCUCUUCUUCUCUUGGUGUGUUUGAAUCUCUUCAGAUCAGCGCUGCUCUUCAUGAAUACAGCUCAGUUAUUAAAUAUGAAUAAUGAGAAUUGAAUAGAGCUGUUUUCAGUGUGAAGAGUCGAGAUCUGCGGUGUAGAUCUGUGUUUACAGCAUCAUUACUGCAGUCUUCAGUGUUUAUGAUCCCCCAGACAAUCAUUCAUUUCUUUACCACCGGUCCAAAGUCUUAUAUUAAACCAUACAGGACACUCUUGAUCAUUAAUUCAUCAUCAUAUACUGAUUUCUGAAGGAUCAUGUGACUGCAGUAAUGAUGCAAAAAAUUCAGAUUUAUAUCAGAUAAAUAAAUUACAGCUUAUAAUAUAUUAACAUAGAAAAUAGCUCCUUUAAAUUGUAAAAAUAUUUCAGAUUUUUGCUGAUUUUAUGGGAUUUUUAACACUUGAUUCUCAGCCUCGGUGAGCAGAAGAGUCCUCUGUUGAAGCACUGUGGUGUGUAAUAAUGUAGGAGUGCUAAUGUGAAAUGCCUGUUGUUUCUCUGUAAUGAAUGUCUCAGUCAAACCACACCGUCUGUCCCUUGUUUUGUAUUUACUAUUAAAAAGAAACAAAUAAAUUUGAUUUUAAUUU